UUCACACACAACUUUUUAUGAGACGAUAAACAGGACGAAUAAGUGAAAAGUACAGCACAUAUUUUUCCAAUUGUCGUAAAUGAUAAUGUCAGAUUUCGAACGUAUCAGACUGGUGCUUUUAGGCGGGCCAUAUGUUGGCAAGAGUUGUAUAGUCCGAAGAUUUUUAACGAAAACUUAUAAUGACAAAUAUCGACCUACAGUGGAGGAUCUACAUAAUCGAGAAUAUGACUUAGGAGCUGUAACAUUAAAGGUAGACAUAUUGGACACAUCAGGCGACAUGCAAUUUCCGGCAAUGAGAAGACUGUCAAUAGCAACCGCACACUCUUUCCUGCUCGUGUAUUCCGUAACAUCAGCUCCAAGCUUUACAGCUGUUAAACAGUGCUUUGAGGAAAUACGAGAACAGAGGGCUGAUUUUCAGGAGAUACCAAUUGUUAUAGCAGGCAAUAAAUCAGAUCUAAUAGAAUCAAAUCGAGAAGUUCGCAUUGAGGAUGUAUCCGAGUGGGUUUACUGUGAAUUGCCGAAAUUGAAGGUCAAAGUAAUGGAAUGUUCAGCAAAAGAUAAUUACAAUGUAAAUGAACUUUUUAAAACUUUAUUGUCAUUAUCAAAAAUAAUACCGACUGAGAAUAAUGAAACGUAUGGUGGACCAUUGAAACGUAGAUCAUCUGCAUAUGUUAGUGCAACGAGUAAAGGAAGAAAUCGAGUGCCAAGUCCGUCGCUAAGUAACGAUAAGACAUCAUCAUCAUCAUUUAUGGCAUCAUGUAGCAGCAACGGAAGUGAGGCAUCAUCUGCUUCUGACAUCAAGUCAAAGCCACGAUCUAGGAGUCUGAUUCGUCGAUCAUCAAGAAAAACCAAGCAACAAAUAGCAUCAGCCGGUGGCACAGGUGUCGAGGAUUGUAGCAUUCAAUAAUUCAAAAAUAAUUUAAUGAUAAGUAAACAAUUUACAGAUGAUAAUGUUAUGUCGUUUCUGUUCAUAAGAAUUUAUCUUCUCUAAAAAAAAAACAAGAAUCAUGAACAUGACUUAAAUGAGUGAUAGGUGUAUAAUAAAAAUUAAGGAUUAGAACUUUUUUUGUCCGUAAGUAAAAUAAUCGUACUAUUUAAAAAAUUUAUGAUGAGAAAUUGUUGAAAAAUGACAUCAGCGAUGAUGAGAAAUUAAGUUUAAGUUUUGUAACUAUAUAAAUGAUGAAACAAAAACCUUUGCAUUGAAGCUUU